AUGUUCCAUGAUCCAACACAGCCAGACAAACCUGGAUCAUUGAUUGUUGCGAGCAGGAAGACCAGCUUUCUUCUCUCAUUUCCCCUUGCUGCUCAGCUGGAGCCUGUGUCGCCUAGCACACCUCGCAGUUCUCCUAUUGAGACCGACCCAGACCUUCCUAGUCUUACCUCCACUUCCACUGGAUCUCUUGACCUUAGCUCCGAGCAGCUCGGUAUCCUGACAAUUUUCAGCUCAAAUGGUCCAGCCAUUGUGAAGUUAUACCAACGACAGGAAUAUAGAAAUCCGCAUCAUGUUUAA